GCAUUCUGCGAAUAGCUACAUAUACAGCUCCCAGCUCUGAAGAACCUUGAAUCUCGUUCACUCUGCUUCAAUUGAAGUCUACUUUACUGCUCAACUACUAUUCUACCUCCAGCUACAGCUUCUCGAUAUGGCAGCAAAGUACUCCCGUCGGCCCAGCUACCUGGAAGGCCCGCUUUCCCCUUCCAUUAUCCCCGAUCUUGCGAUCCUACCCCAGCCCCUCCCUGCAGACAAGCUCCCCUGUGGACAGCUCGUGUCCAAGACAUCCAAGCAUACACCCAAGGUGCUCGAGGACCGCGACUACGACGACAUAGGCACACGAUGGUACAAAGACGUCAUCUUCUUCAACGCCGACAACGGCCACUUUGUCGAAAGCUUCGGUGGCACCCACCUCCUACAGAAACCACUCGACAAGGGUACUGAAGCCGGCACCAUUGAGGCAGAUGAACAAAGCGUCCGUCUACUCAAGGAUGCAGAGGCUGCUUUGAAGAAAGUUUGGAAGGACGAAGAAGCUCGGAAGUGGAUCAAGGAACAGGAUGAAGCCGGCUUUGUGGUCGCUCAUCGCAAAGUCUCCAACGCCAGCUACAAGCGUGCUCGGCUCGUGGACAUCGGUAAUAACAACUGGGAGGUUGUGCGCGAAGUUGGGGGCGAGGAUACGUCGGGAAAGCGGAGGGACUCGGGCUUGCCGGUAGAGACGAACAGUAAGUGGGAUGUUGUUGGGGUUGUGGUAAGAAAAAUUAUCGUUGAUGGUGAUGAUGCUAAGCUUGGGGAGGAGUUGGGUGCUCAGUACUGGAGCUGAGUAUAGUGCUCUCAAGUCCCUUUUGUUAGUGUCGGCGUUGAGAGCAUGGAUGGCUGAGAUGUCUUCGUUCUAGCGUGUAUGUAACUACUAUGAAGACGAUUAAAAAUGUUUGACACUC